ACAAUUGCAAAUGCACGUAGAUUACAUAAGCAAGGCCUACAAUGACAUUAAUUCCCAAAUCUUUCCCUAUAUAUAAACCUUAGAAACAACGUUGUUGAUCACAACUUUUGAGUUCAUCAAUCCUAUCUUUGCAGCUAUUACAAUCAUGGCUACUUUUUUGGUGACCCUGAUCUUCAUUCUGGGAGCUUGUGCUUCCCUUUCCAUGUCUCGCACUCUCCUGGAAACAUCAAUGAAUGCGAGGCAUGAAGAAUGGAUGGCUCAAUAUGGACGAGUCUAUAAGGAUGCUGAUGAGAAGGAGACACGUUUCAAUGUUUUCAAGGAAAAUGUGGCUUUCAUUGAAUCUUUUAACAAUGUAGGGGAUAAGCCUUACAAGCUGGGCAUCAAUCAGUUUGCCGAUCUUACCAAUGAAGAGUUUAAGGCCACAAGAAAUAGAUUCAAGGGUCAUAUGUGUUCUAAUGAUGCAGUUUCUUUCAGGUAUGAAAAUAUUACUGCAGUACCUGCUACCAUGGAUUGGAGAACAGAAGGAGCAGUAACACCCAUCAAGGAUCAAGGCCAAUGUGGAUGUUGCUGGGCAUUUUCUGCGGUGGCCGCGAUGGAAGGGAUUACUAAGCUAUCAACAGGUAAAUUGAUCUCUCUUUCUGAGCAAGAGGUUGUGGAUUGUGAUGUCAAGGGUGAGGAUGAAGGCUGUAAUGGCGGAUUAAUGGAUGAUGCCUUCAAAUUCAUCAUUCAGAAUAAGGGUCUCACCACUGAGACUAACUACCCUUACAAGGCUACUGAUGGAACUUGCAACGCCAAGGAAGAUGCCAACCAUGCUGCCAAGAUAACUGGUUAUGAAGAUGUGCCUGCCAACAGUGAGGCAGCGCUAAUGAAGGCUGUUGCGAACCAACCUAUCUCUGUUGCCAUUGAUGCUGGAGGGUCUGAUUUCCAAUUCUACUCUAGUGGCAUCUUUACAGGAUCUUGCGGCACUGAAUUAGACCAUGGUGUUACUGCUGUUGGUUACGGAGCAGUUGGAGGGACUAAGUAUUGGCUUGUGAAGAACUCGUGGGGCACGGGAUGGGGCGAAAAAGGGUACAUAAGGAUGCAGAAGGAUGUUGCUGCAAAGGAAGGUCUUUGUGGCAUUGCAAUGAUGGCCUCUUACCCCACUGCAUAAUGUUGUAUAUGUUUAUUUACCUAAUUGUGAAUUACAAUGUGUAUGCUGUGGUCGAUGCAUGGCUCAGCAAGGACUUGGGCAGGCCUUGUAUGCCAGAAACAAGUUUGUAUAUGAAUUGCUGUUAGUAUAUGUAAGUAAACUAUGUUAAGUUUCCUAAAGAUCCUAUCAGAAUUUGGGCUUAAUGAAUGAA